AUGUUACCAGGCAAGAAGAGACCAGAGAAAGGCGAAAGCGCCGAUCGUCGCCUCAGGUCUCGAGUGGAGAACUUGUUUCUUUCAAACACUUUGAGUGCAGAGGAAACUUCCGAUUUGGCUCGGGAUGCUCGCGACUCUGGUGUCUCCUCCUUAAGGAGAUUGGCCGAGAUCGGUGAAAGGAGGCAAGAUGGCCUCGCUCGACCCAGGGAUAUUAGGAGGCACCUAUCCAAAAACAGUCACUGGCCUCCUACAUACAAGUUUCAAGCUCCGGUUUGGGACAAAGAGAAUCAACGACAACAAACAGCUACUUUGACAUGCAUGCUGCCCCACGAGGUUUUGUAUGUCAUGAACGAAAAGUCCCCUGAGGGUGGUGGCUUAACAGAUCUAGCCCAUCUCCAGGAGUCUGAGCUUCAAAGGCAUGCUCGGGCUGCAGCUGACAUGGGGAUCGAUCGUGAAAGCCUCACCGGGCUCGGGAUUUGGGGCGAUGGUGUUCCCAUGACCCGAAACAGAAACCAGAGCUUGGAGAUGCUCAGCUUCAACAUCCUCACAUGUCAGCUUCGCAGCACAAUGCGAAUUCCAGUUUUCGUCAUUCAGAAACAUUGGCUAGCCCGUGGGGGAUCUACAUGGGAUGCUGUCAUGGAUGUGCUUCGGUGGUCUUUGACAUGUGCAACUUCUGGUCAAAUGCCAAAGUACGAUCACACAGGUCUGCAGCCGCUUAAGGAACCAUGGAGAAAACAAAGGGCAUUGAUCCAUACGCCUCGAAGUGUUUUGCUGGAAAUACGAGGCGACUGGGCUUUUUUCAAGCAGGUGCUGUAUAUGCCGGCAUGGAACGAAGCCUCUGGUUGUUGUUGGAUGUGCGACAUUAAGCCUGAAGAUAUCCGAGAGGUUUCAGGUGAAGCUGCAUGGAUGCAGCCAGAGCACAGGAAGACUCCGUGGCAGGCACUCAUGGCUGCUCCUAGCAUCAGUCCCAUUUUCGCAACACCGUAUGUUGGAACUGAGUGCAUCCAAAUGGAUUGGUUGCAUGUGGUGGACAUAGGAAUUGCUUUGCAGUUCCUGGGAUCCAUAAUGAAGUACUUCUGCUCGAAGUUUGAAGGGACGUUUGACGAGCAGGUUCGAGAAAUGUUCCGCUGCAUUUUGGAGUUCUAUGAUGUCCAGGCCGUGGAAUAUAGGUUUGAUCAUCUAAAGCCUUCAAUGAUCAAGGAUCCUAAGAAGAAGUUCCCCAAGCUUAGAGCAAAAGCUGGGGAAUCGCGAUGCCUGGUGCCUUGGGCUGCACAGAUGGCUGAUGCUCUUAGGGAUGCUGACAAUGAGGUGGAACAGACCAUGUACAAGUGUGCCUGGCAUUUCAACAAAUGCUAUGAGCAACUGAGUAGCAGAACGUUCGAUGCUGCUGUUUUGGCCGAGCAUGGAGUUGCAUUCGCAAAUCUCUAUGUCGCUCUGCAUGAGCACUUCACGGUGCAAGGAGUCUGCCUCUUCAAGGUGACUCCUAAACUGCAUCUCUUUUGCGAAAUCAGCUAUCGAGGCCGGGAUUGCCCCAGUGUGCACUGGUCAUACCGAGAUGAGGAUUGGGGCGGGAAGAUGGCUAUUCUUGCAGCCAGCAAAGGAGGAGCCAACACCCCGAAUGCCUUGGCCAAUGCUUUCUUUUCUCGUUUCACCUCGGGGCAUAAAGUGCCUGUGCUUUGA